AUGUGGAAACAAUUCACAAUUCAAAACAACACGGAGUACCUUGAUAUUCUGCCGAAGAUUGUUGAAAAGUACAACAAUACAAAACACAGAAGUAUUGGCAUGACACCUGUUGAAGCGUCAAAGAAAAAGAAUGAGAGCGACGUUUAUUUGAAACUUUAUUGUGAGAGUGUGCCACACAUGGCCACACCGAAAUUUGAAAUUGGUGAUCACGUUCGUAUCUCGAAAUACAAUAGAAAAGUCUUUGACAAAAGAUACACUCCGAAUUGGACAGAAGAGAUUUUCGUCGUUGAUAAGAUUCAAUAUACAGACCCGAUCACCUAUAAGUUGAAAGAUUUGAGUGGUGAAGAGAUCAAGGGUUCCUUUUAUGAACAAGAAAUGUUGAAAGCAGUUCAAGAUGUAUUCCGUAUUGAAAAAGUGAUUCGACGGAGUAAAGGUAAAGCGCUUGUGAAAUGGAGUGGUUAUCCAGAAAAAUUCAAUUCAUGGGUUGAUCUGAAAGAUUUGAAAGAACUCACAACGCAAAAAACAUCUUAA